GAUGUAGUAGUAUCUAUAAAUAAUUGAACCAUAGCCCCGUUAAAAGAUGAAUAUGAGCUCUCAAUGAAAUCAGUUCGUAAAUCUACAAUGGUUCUGCCGGAGGAGAUGAUAGAGGAGAUACUGAUGAAAAUACCAGCAGGGUACGUUUGGGAUAUAAGGCGCGUUUGCAAGUCAUGGAAGGCUCUCAUCACGCACCCCCAAUUUGCGUCAAAGCACUUCGAACGCAACAAAAACAACGCCAGCAGCUUCCUCUUGAUUGCUUUUUGUCAGCACUUGCGUCGUAAGUCUCUAUCUUUGUUUCGCCUCAAUCACCACCCCCACACACUUGUCGAUAUCAAUUCAAUUGCCGCUCGGAGACUUGAUUAUUUUUAUUUCCGUAAUAACUUUCCUGACUUAUUCAAAGAAUUGGUUGUUGCGGGUUCAAUUAACGGCAUUGUCUGUGUUUCCACGUUUUGUAAAUCGAUUACGCGUUUCCUCGCUUUAUGGAAUCCUGCGAUUAAUCGCUGGAAACCAAUUCCCCUUCUCCCCUAUAAAAAAAACGAUGGUGAGUAUUCGUCGGUUGGAUUAGCUUUUGAUUACUUGACUAAUGAUUACAGGAUCAUUAGGCUUGUUUCUGUUUUAACCGAUAUUCAGGAGCCCUCCUCUCGCAUUGAGAUGUACUCUGUUAACCAGGAUUCUUGGAUAGAGGCUGCUACCUCUUCUCCCUUUCCGUAUUUUACCACCCAACCUAAUUGUACUGUUAUUGUCAAGGGUAUCCCAUACUGGUCGAAGAAUUACCAGGAAUUUUUUGAUUAUUGGAAUGAACGAUUUCAAAGUAAUGUUAUUGCCACAGUUGAUCCUCACACUGGCUUGUAUAAGGAGAUUUCGUAUCCACAGAUUGUCACCAAUGAGAACACUACUGUGCAUCCUUUUAAUUUCAUGGAUUCACUUGCUGUCCUAAUUUUUGAGAAUUCAAACCCAAAAAUGUUUCAUGUAUAUGCCCUGGAUGAGAAGAGCCAUGGUGCUAAUUGGAUUAAUAUAUAUACUUCUGCUCCAACUAGUUUGCAAAGUACAAAUAUGUGCAUAUUUCGGUGUUUUCAGGAUGCUGGUAAGAUUAUAGUUGUUGGAUGGAACUAUGAUGAUUGUAGGCGCUCUUUCUUAUAUAACCUCCAAACUGAUAGCCUUUGCCACACAAUUGGAAUGGAUGCUUUAAGGCCACGCUGGGAUGAAACCUAUUACCAUGUCGAGAGCCUGGUUUGUCUUGAUGGAAUGGAACCCAUCCAGAGGGAGGAGGAUAUUAAUAACAAAGAUUGCGCUAAUUUAUUAUACCUAGGAAGAGAUCUUGGACCACUGCUCUAGUCUCAGUUUAAAAUUUCUGCUGGUUGGACAGAAUUGUUUGGCUUAAGCUGGAGAACUGCUGCAGUGUUGUAAUGCUUUGAUAAUCUAUUGAACUUCUUAAUUUCA